UUCUCUUGUCUCUCUCCCGACCAACAAAGAAAGAAAUCCAAAGCACUCCCUUCUCCCAUUUCGUUCCUUGGAUCGUAUUCCCCUUCUUUGUACCUAAAAUAUCAUUCUUCGCUCUCUCCAUUCGCAAUCCCAUUCGCCUUCGAUCGAUAAGAGAGGAAGAAUCGGAAUCAGAGCGGAGAAGCGGAGGAAGGUUAACUUGAAGAGAUCCAUCCCUUACCCUACAACAUCACCAUCAUCACCAUGGGAACGGGCGUCUACGACCUCUUCUUCGAAGUUAUCACUAGUUGGUAAAAUUACAUUGUUAAGUGGAAGAUGAUGAAAGCCCACUGGAGUCACAAGCAGCAAUGCCCAUGUGGGGAUGAUCAAUGUUAUCUCGAUGCUGAAAGUUAUGAGGAAGAUGAAUUAGUGGAACCAAUGCAUCUGACGGAGCCUAACCUUUCACUUGGAACACCCCAAACUUCUUUAGGUGUGAACAAGAUUGUUGCAUCUCCAUAUGUUGGACAGUCAUUCCAAAGUGAUGAUGAGGCCCUAGAGUAUUAUACGAACUUUGCACGGAAUAAUGGUUUCCUGGUCAGGCGAGAGCGCUCCAAGGGAAAUCCAGAGCAUCCAUUGGGAGUAUACAAGCGAGAACUUGUUUGCCAUCGUGCUGGCCCUCCUCUGCCCAUAAAAUCAGGAGAAGCAAAACGCCAGAGAAAGAAGAAACCAUCACGGUGCAAAUGUGAUGCUCAAAUGGUGAUAAAGAAGAACAUCUCAGCAGGCAUAACUCGAUGGGUUGUUGUCAAUUUUAGUAAUGUGCAUAACCAUGAAUUGUUGGAUAGCAAUGAUGCACAAUAUUUCCCUGGUUACCGUUAUAUAUCAGCAGUUGACCGUGAGCGUAUCUUGGCUCUAGCAAAGGGUGGAUGCAAUGUCAAUCUUAUAAUGAGGGCUCUGGAAAUGGAAAAAGGAGUGAGGCCUGGUGAGCUGACAUUUACAGAGAAGGAUUUGAAAAAUUUCCUUCAGGCCUCUAUGAGCAUUAAUCCAGAAAGUGAAGGAUCAGAACUUCUUAAGGCUUGCAAGGCUAUGAAAGAGAAGAACCCUGACUUCCGUUAUGAGUUUACAUUGUACGAAAGUAAUAAGCUCGAGCAUCUUGCUUGGUCAUAUGCAGGAUCAGUUCGUGCAUACAAAUUGUUUGGAGAUGUGGUGUUUUUUGACACAACUUAUCGUCUACAUUCAUAUGAUAGGCCUGCCGGGGUAUGGUUUGGUGUGGAUAACCAUGGGCAUACCAUAUUCUUUUGUUGUGUUGUCCUGCUAGACGAAAAGCCAGAUUCAUACAAAUGGGCCUUGCAGGCAUUUCUCCGGCUUAUGGAUAAGAAAUUCCCACAAACAAUAUUAACGGAUUUUCAUAUGGGGCUGAAAGAUGCUAUUUCAGUUGAGUUACCGAGCACAAAGCAUGCAUUUUCCAUAUGGCAUUUAAUGUCCAAGCUACCUAGUUGGUUUUCUGCCUCACUGGGUCCACAAUAUGAGAAGUUUAAGUCUGAGUUUUAUAGAAUACAUGAUCUGGAUACUGAGGAGGAAUUUGAGCAUCAAUGGAAUCAGAUGGUUGUUGAAUUUGGACUUGGCUCGGAUAAGCAUGCAGCCCUACUCUUUUCUCAUCGGUCCUAUUGGGCAGUUCCAUACUUGCGAAAUUGGUUUUUUGGUGGAUUAUUGACGACUGGUCAUUCAAUGUCAAUUAGGUCUUUUUUCAGAGGAUUCUUAAACUCACAAACUCGUCUCAAGGAUAUCGUAGAGCAGGUGGGUGUUGCAGUUGAUUUCCAAAAUCAGGCAGGAGAAGAGGCAACAACACAACAAAGCCGACAGAAUAUCAAGAUUAGAACAUGCUUGCCCAUCGAAGAACAUGCAUCGACCAUUCUUACACAUUAUGCUUUUGAGAUGUUUCAGAAGGAAAUCAUGUUGUCAACACAAUUUGCAGUUUUUGAAACGUCAAGAGAGAAUUAUCUUGUUCGACACCACUUGAAGUCAGAUGGAGGGCACAUAGUAAGCUGCAUCGCAUCGAAUGAAGACAUCUGUUGCACUUGCAGAGGAUUUGAGUGCACUGGAAUAUUAUGCAAGCAUACUCUUCGGGUGUUGUCAUUGAAGAAUUGUUUUCUUAUUCCGGAGAAAUAUCUGCUGCAUCGCUGGCGUCGUGAAAGCUCAUUGUUUCCAAAAAGUAGUGGCUAUAAGUAUCGCUCCCAAGCACUGAGGUCCCUUGCUUCUAUCAUCAUUCAGGAAUCAUCAAUAACAAAAGAUCGUUUCGAUUAUGUUCAGUGGCAUUUGAGCCGGCUUCUUAAUCAUGUGAGGGACAUGCCAGCUACAGAUGAAGCUGCUUCAGACUUGGAGCCAAGCUCAUCAUUCGAUGCUACAGUGGAUGUUGUUCCUGCACGUUCAGUCACUAGAGGAAGGCCCCGGAAAAUUAGAGGGAUUGUCAAAGUGAUAAAGGAAACACAGGCAUCUUCAUAGGGUGGUCGGGUGAAAGAGGUUAUGUUACAGCAGAAAGAGGAAUCAAGUGUCUACAUCAAUGGUAAAGAAAGGAGAGGCAAGAGAAGAAAAGAAAAAGGGAGGUGCUUUUUUGGUACCAAGAUGCAGAUGUGCUACUGCAAGUUCAUGCAAUGGUUCAAGUUGCCAAACCAGAAAUAAUUUUGCCGAGCAUGGUACAACCCUCUCAAAGAAACUCGUCUACAUCAUGCACGCUGGGAGGAGCUUUAAGCACAAAUCUGCUUCCGGGGUCUUGUCUAUUGCUUAUAUGCUAGGGGAAAAGUUCUAAACUGGAUGGUUCAUGUGAGAGAGCCAUCUCUGUUUACAAGUGUUUAAUUAACAACACUCCAGCACCUUGCGAGGGCGACAGCAGCAAGCACCUGAAACUAUAUGUCUACACUAGCUCUGGUCUUGUUAUUCUCUACCUUCUUGACCCUGCUCAAGUUACUAAUGCCACAAAAUUCAUGGGCUCCACUCGAACAUUCUGUUAUCAAAUCUUAUGUGAUUCAUGCCCCGGUUAACCACACCUGGCAGUGCGUUGUAGGAGAGGGGAGGUGAGAACUCAACCACUCCCAAGCCAAGUAGUGAGGAGCUUUAGUUUAUAUAAUACAUCAUAUAAUUCAAGGGGAAAAUGUAAGUAAAGAUCAAGACGAUACAGCAAAUCGAAUAACUUCUGAUCA